ACCACCACCACUAGUACUGUGCCGUGGUAGUGGCAGCAGUAGGAGGUCGCUGCAGAAACCCACAUGCCGGUGCCGUAGCUAGCUAGUCGUCGCAGCGGCGGUAUGCUACUAGUAUAGUAUAGCCUUCUUGUCCUCCUCCUCCUCCUUCUUGCACAGAUCUUGGGGGCAACAACCAAGUUGCAGGCUUGCAGUAGAAGAACCUCGGAGAAGAGGCUUGUCCCAUCGGUUGCAUUCUUGCGAAGAGGAGCCAGAGCUUCAGGAUAAAGCAGACACCAAUUCCUGAAGGAAACAAGUUCUUAAAUUGACACCACUUUCAGAAAACUAUUUUGUAAAGAUUCAAGAUAAUAAAAAUAGAGUAUGUAUCAAGACAGUUUCAGGUCGGUGGUUUGCAGAUCCCUUUCAAAGAGUCUUCCCUCCAAAACCAAGGAGAGCAGCUAUCCUGAAACAGCUCAAUGUGCUCUCCCUUGUGUUGUCACAUUACAACCUACAGUUUGUCGAAACUGUCAAGGCCGGGAUUGGAGCCCAUCACAAAGCAACCGGGAGGAUAGGUCCAUGGUGCUGCAGAAAGAUUACCUGAUGGCAUCCUCGCUCUCCAGGCGUUUCGCGGAGGACCUCCUAAGAGGUGCCAUGGACCUCCAGGAUUCCCUUGCGAUGCUCGAGAAGUUUCAAACUGCAUCACGAAGCAUGAGGAUAUCAAAUAAGAAGAGAAGGCCAGAGGCUUGUGAGAAAUCACCAGACAACAGUGUAUUCCGUGAAGCUAUGUUGGAAGCAUCAAAUGCCAACAAGACAGUGGCUAGAAGUGUCAGCAAUGGAUUAGAUGGGCAAGUAAGGAAUUCUACUGAUGAGCUGAAAAAAGUGGUCAAGGAUAGUUUUUAUAGGAAGAACAUCUUGUCAGCAUAUUCCAAUGAUGAACAGGCUUCCGUGAACAAGUCAUCACGCUACACAGCAAACAAGACUUUGAUAUCCAAGCCUAAUGAUCAGAAGAAGGCAGCACCAAGAUCAUUGCCAUCUUGUGCACCAGGGCAGCCUGACAAGUCCAAAUCCCCAUGCUUGGUAGCGAAGCUCAUGGGCCUUGAAGGACUGCCUACACACAGUAGCAAUACUGUCAAAAAAGACGAGACGAUGAAGACAGUAAAUUCACCAAGGGCACUUUUUGAUAUUGAGAUGCCUAAGGUCCAGCAAAGUGAUGAUAUGAAUUUUCCUUAUUCCCGGAAGAGCAUUGUUUCUCUGUAUGAUUCUAAUGCGAUUAAUGAGCUUGGCUCAAAGAAAGCAAUUCAGAGGGGAAAAGGCAUUGAUCAACCUCAAACCAGAGCAUCCAAGGAUAUCAAAGUUGUAUCUCACACAAGUCGAAAGCAACAAAUAAAAGAGACCAGUGAAAUGGGCAGGAGUAGUAGUGACAAACAAAAACCACAUUUAACUUAUAGGAACGGAGAAGGGAGGAAAGAUUCCAAGUCUAAAACAGGAUCAGCAUCUCGUUCUAAUGCUAGCAUAGUGAAAAGGCCUGAUAAGAAAUCUACAAUUGCAUCAAGUACCAGCAGUUCUUCAACAUGUCGCACAAGGAAACCGGUCACUCGUAAAACACCUAAUUCGAGAGAGAAGGCAGUGCCCAGUAGAAGUCGCAAGAACUCAGCUAUUGAUGACAUUGUGGCAUACGAGCUGCACAGAGAGUUCAUCCAAUUUGAUGGUCUAUCGACAGAACAUAGUGCAACACCUAGUGAUGAUAGCUACCAAAGUGUUGAUUGGGACACACAGCCUUGCACAGAUGGCGUCCAGGAAGAUUUGAGUGAAUCCUAUGAACCUUCUGUGGCUACCAGCUCUGCUGAAAGAACCGAUUCAACCAACAGAGAUGGUUUUCACCCAUCAACGCACUUAGCAUCAACAAAUGAAGUUGAAAUAAAGGACGAGAUGAGCCUGCUUCUCCUAAGUGAUCAAUCAUUCCUGACCAGGGCAGCAGAACUCAUUGGCAUUGGCGCGUCCGAGAUCGACCAUCUGGUUAACCGAUACAAACGCAUCCCCAACCCCAAGAAGGCCCAGAUGGAAAACCACGAGCUUUACCUGGACAUCGCGGCAGAGCAGCUGGAGCGGAAGCACCGUCAGCUGAACAGCUUCUGCUGCACCGCAAUCUGGGGCCAGAACUACAGGACGGCGGCAUACUUCUCGCUCGAGGCAUUGCUGACAGAUGUUCGCGACACGGCUCGAGAGCUGAGCAGCUACGCCGACGAUGAAGGUGGCCUCGGCGCCACAGGGGGGGACACGCUGUACGUGAAGCUGGAGAGGGAUCUGAGAUGCGCAGAUGCGUCGAUCAACAGCGCGUGGGACAUGGGCUGGGAGGACUGGAUCUGCAUGGAGGAGACACAGCGCUUCGUGAGAGAUGCUGGGGAGAGGAUUCUUUCAGCGCUCGUCGAGGAGGUUGCUCUGGACAUGUGUGGGCACAUUGAAGCAUAGGUGGUUCUUGCAUUUGUUGAGCACUGUUUAAUUGUUUUUUUUUUAGCUUUGUUCUCCGCUUGGCUGGCACAUACCAUGCUUGCCAGUUUCCAGUUGCUGUGCUUAGAUUUCACCUGUGUAAAUGUGCAAUGAUCUAGAGAGUUGCCUAAGAAAGUGAUGGAGUUUUUUUUUUUUUUUUGGUCUCCACCAAGAAACGGUUGUAAUUUUUGUGCAUAAGGCAUGAAAGCAUGAACAGACAAAGGCCCUUUUUUUCAGUAAAUUUC